CUAUUAUUAUUAUUAUUAUUAUUAUUUCUGAAUUUUAUCAGUAUGGCCUCUGGAUAUGUUCACCUCGUAACCGCGUCAGGUUAAGCCUGCGCUGGUGGUGUUACGUGAGUUUGUUUACGUGCUUUCCGCUGCCAAAGAAUGCACCUGCUUGAUGGUAAUUACCCGGAAAGGAUGGAGCGGGGCACGCCACAAAGGAAAACCGUGUACCGGAUCUCUCUCACGUUAGUGAAAAAGGAGAGCCUGCAGGGUGUCGGUGGCGUCGCCACGGCGUCCCGGCGGCUCGAGAACCCCAAAGUGAGCGCGUACCGGCGGGAAGGAUCGUCGGAGAUCCAGCGAAGCUGUCUGCUAGAAGAGGUUAAAGAAGUGGAGGACGAAACGGACGACUUCUCUGCCCACGCGUACAGGAACUUCCGGACGUUCAGCACCGGACAGCUGGAACUUGGUAGGUUGAAGGUUUCGCGGAAGAUGCGACAUUUGCAGAAAGAUAACUCGUUGGAGUUGGAUGAAACACGUUCUAGCGCAUCGGCAGCGGAUGCGAACUGUAAAGAGGGCACUGAGAAUUGCGCAGCGUUGCUUAAAGCGAAUGUGCAAGCACCGGAUACGGACGCUGACAGACUUAAAGCGGAUGGUGAGACGGAGGAAAGCUGCAGAGCAGCUGCUGGUAAUGGAGAAAGCAUGGGCAUUAAAAGGAAAUGUAUGCUCAAGACUUCCAGGAGUGCCGAGGAGCAGGUCAGCGGGCGUGCGGUCGAAGAUCCGGCGUCUGAGGAGGAAAAAGACUCCCAGAAGGGCGGAAAGCUGCCCAAGGACAGCAGCCUCUCUUCUUUGCUGGCUAAACUGAACGGAAAAGCCGCCAAGCAGGCCCCCCAGACCCCUCCGGUCAAGAGGCACCCCAGCCUGCUGCGUCGGAGCUUCAGCUUUCGGCACUGGACCGGCAGCGAGCUCUUGCGGAUCCGGGCCCUGUCCAAAGAGAAGCACCACAGCAGCUCGGGUUGCAUCGGGCGCGAGGAGCCCCAGGUCAAAUCCCAGUCCGCCGUGGUCCUGCAGAACCCCUCCUUCGAUGAAUCCGAACCAGCGGAAAAGGGAGAAAAGCGCAACACCCUGGACGUGGGCGAGGUUCUCGGGAGCCGCAGAGAGCGAGCCAAGGGCAAGAACCGCACACUGGACAACAGCGACCUGCUCAGGCUCUCUGACAAGUCCCUGGCAGAAAAGGAGGGAUUCAUCCGAGGCUCUGGUUCCCGCUCCAGUGGCCAGGAGCGCAGGCUCAUCCGCUUCUUCAGUGGCAUCUUCACCAAGAAGGAUGGCACUUCCACGCCCGUCAGCAGCCCCAGCAACCGUGCCCUCCGCAAGAACGGCCUGCUGGGCUCCCAGAGGAGGGCCACAUUGGGCUACUCGCAGUCCAGCACCGAGAGUGUCAACGGCUUCCUGCAGGACGAUGCCUUUGUGAACAGCCAAGAAUGGACCCUGAGUCGCUCCGUGCCGGAGCUCAAAGUGGGUAUUGUUGGGAACUUGGCCAGUGGGAAGUCAGCUCUGGUGCACAGGUAUCUGACUGGGACAUAUGUUCAGGAGGAGAGUCCAGAAGCUGACGUGGAUGCAGGUGGACGCUUUAAAAAGGAGAUAGUAGUCGACGGGCAGAGUUACCUGCUUCUUAUCAGGGAUGAAGGGGGCCCUCCGGAGGCACAGUUUGCGCUGUGGGUGGAUGCGGUAAUCUUCGUCUUCAGUCUGGAGGACGAGAUCAGCUUUCAGACAGUGUAUCACUACUACAGCCGCAUGGCCAACUACCGCAACACUGCUGACGUGCCCCUGGUGCUUGUGGGAACUCAGGAUGCUAUCAGUGCAGCUAAUCCUCGCGUCAUUGACGACGCUCGAGCACGCAAGCUCUCUAACGACCUGAAAAGGUGCACGUACUAUGAGACCUGCGCCACCUAUGGCCUCAACGUGGAACGUGUCUUUCAGGAUGUGGCUCAGAAAAUUGUUGCAACCCGGAAGAAGCAGCAGCUGUCAAUCGGACCCUGCAAGUCCCUCCCCAAUUCACCCAGUCACUCCUCAGUCUGCUCGGCGCCUGUGUCGGCUGUACACAUCAGUCAGACUAGUAAUGGAGGAGGCAGUCUGAGUGAUUACUCCUCCUCCGUGCCCUCCACUCCCAGCACCAGCCAGAAGGAGCUGCGCAUCGAUGUGCCCCAGACAGCCAACACCCCAACGCCGGUCCGCAAGCAAUCCAAACGCCGCUCCAACCUGUUCACGUCUCGCAAGGGGAGCGAACCAGACAAGGAGAAGAAAGGACUGGAGGGCCGCGCAGACAGCAUUGGAAGUGGCCGCGCAAUCCCAAUUAAGCAGGGAAUGCUCCUGAAGAGAAGUGGCAAAUCACUGAACAAAGAGUGGAAGAAAAAAUACGUCACACUCUGCGACAACGGAGUUCUUACCUACCACCCCAGCCUGCAUGACUACAUGCAGAAUGUGCACGGGAAGGAGAUUGAUCUGCUGAGGACUACGGUGAAGGUUCCAGGGAAGAGGCCUCCCAGAGCCAUCUCCACCUGUGCUGCCCCCGGCCCCAAAACCAACGGCCUCACCAAGGACAUGAGCAACCUGCAGCUGGGGCAGGCUCCAGGCUCGGUGAGCAGUAGCUCGUCUGCAUCGCAGAUGGCGAGUGGAAUCAGCCUAGUGUCGUUCAACAGCCGACCGGACGGCAUGCACCAGCGCUCAUACUCUGUCUCCAGUGCCGACCAGUGGAGUGAAGCCACAGUCAUCGCCAACUCAGGGGUCAGCACAGAUACUGGUCUGGGGGACUCAGUGUGUUCCAGUCCCAGUAUAUCCAGCACUACCAGUCCAAAGAUGGACCCUCCGCCCUCGCCGCACGCUAACCGCAAGAAGCACCGCAGGAAGAAGAGCACUAGCAACUUCAAAGCAGACGGCUUCUCCGGUACAGCAGAAGAGCAAGAGGAGAACUUUGAGUUCAUCAUUGUGUCUCUGACGGGCCAGACCUGGCAUUUUGAAGCAACGUCGUAUGAGGAGCGCGAUGCCUGGGUGCAGGCUAUCGAGAGCCAGAUCCUGGCCAGCCUGCAGUCCUGCGAGAGCAGCAAGCAGAAGUCACGUCUGACCAGCCAGUCUGAAGCUAUUGCACUGCAGUCAGUCAGGAACAUGAGAGGAAACUCUCGCUGUGUGGACUGUGAGGCCCAGAACCCUGACUGGGCCAGUCUCAACCUGGGUGCUCUGAUCUGUAUCGAGUGUUCAGGUAUCCACCGUAACCUCGGCACACACCUGUCCCGUGUGCGCUCUCUGGACCUGGACGAGUGGCCUCUUGAGCUCAUCAAGGUCAUGUCUGCCAUCGGCAAUGAGCUGGCCAAUAGCGUGUGGGAGGCCAACGCGCAGGGGCGACUGAAGCCUGCCCCAGAUGCCAGCAGGGAGGAGCGUGAGCGUUGGAUCCGGGCAAAGUACGAGCAGAAGCUGUUUGUGGCGUCUCUGCUGUGCACAGAGCUGCCCCUGGGGCAGCAGCUGCUGCGGUCCACGGCUGAGGAGGACCUACGUGCCGUUGUGUUAUUGCUGGCCCACGGCUCACGGGACGAGGUGAACGAGACGUGUGGCGAGGGAGACGGCCGCACCGCCCUGCACCUAGCCUGCCGCAAGGGCAACGUGGUCCUCACACAGCUCCUCAUUUGGUACGGAGUAGACAUCAUGGCGCGGGACGCCCAUGGAAACACAGCGCUGGCGUACGCGCGGCAGGCUAACAGCCAGGAGUGUGUGGACAUCCUGCUCCAGUACGGCUGUCCGGAUGAGCGCUACCCGCUCAUCGCCACGCCCAACCUGUCCCGCAGGAACAACAACCGCAACAACAGCUGCAGCAGCACGGGCAGUUCAGCCCUUAUCUGAAACACAUAUCCACCCAACACACACGUACACGACCUCACGCACCUUCCGAAUGACUCAGACACACACAACACACACACACUCAGCCUUCUCUCAGCUUCAGCACACACAGCCACAGCCACAUCCACAUGUACAGCCCUACCACUAGAUUCAAUUCAUGAGAGAAGUAUAUACUACACUGAUGGGAAUGACUGUGAUAACCGCGAUGAUGAUUAUGAAGAAACGCUAACGGAACCACUGCAUUUGCACUCACGAUGCCUCGCGCCGCCACUAGCUUGUUGUGAGGGAGCUUUUAACACUCGUUUCACCCACCUACUUCUCCAAUGGCAAACGCCUGGCUCGUCACACAGCUCCUCCCAUGUCAGGUGACCUAUAUUGGGAGAACGCCCCGCCCAUUCAGUCUUCAGGCUGCAUAGUAGCAUCAGGAUGCAUGGGAAAAAAUGCGUCUGCUGCUGUCUCUGUCAAUUAAUGCUGCGAGAUGCAUGAUGGGAGAUUAUUACGGUGAGGCUCAACCAGGAGCUGAAUACGAGGCCAUUUAGACUCCUCAAAGCAACUGGCUGCCGUUUCCUGCGCAACUAAAAGGGACAAGGAUGUGACGCGGGAUCGGUCACUUGAUCCCAAAGGUCCCAGAGAACUUUACAGAGGUCUUUACUGACCGAUUUUAGACUGCUCCAUGUCCUCACUCUCUCUGCCUCACCCUGUUCACUUUUUUCCUUCAUAUUUUUCAGUGCAUUUAUUUAAAAAAAAAACAAACAAAAAAAAAUACAAGACACCACCACCACCAUCGAUCGUGUAAAUUCCAACUCUUUUGUAUGGAUUUCUUUCUUUCUUUCUUUCUUUCUUUCUUUUUUUUUUAAGAAAUGUGAAAAAAUAUGUUAUAAAAUCUAGAAAAACUCCCAUCGCACGUCUCCCAGAAGUGUGAUGAAAUGAAGAUGCUUCUUUUAACUUUUUUUUUUUAUUCUAUUCUAUCAUUGUGACUGAUUUGUGUGGAGUUUUGUUGGACCAGAGGAAGGUUUGACCGAGAGCCAAGAUAGAAACGUGAGAGGCAGGUAUCGAAACUAAACCAUGUUCGUGGACGGCACUAGCUUUGUGCUCCUAACCUAUUGUUCCAGUCUUCUGUCUGUUUCACAGAACUUAAAGGGAAUUUCCUACUGUCCUUUGAUCCUUGGCUGCUAGCCUACGUCAUGCUUUUUCCCAAUGCAAACUAUCAGGUUGUGUAUUCAGCCCAAUGGUCGCGUGACGGCAAGGCGACUCGGGCUUCUGACUCUCUGAAUCUCCUCCGAAGCGCUAGCCACAAUCAACCGCGAGUGUCCAUGUAUGUGUGUGAGCGAAAGUGCGAGAGCGCAAGGAGUCGUUUAGCUUUCUUAUUCGCAUUAGCCAUAUUGAUAAUUGAUCAAUACAAAUGAAACAGCAUGCAGGCUGGCGCAGGAAUGCGACCUCGCAAGGCCGUCAAUAUCACCCGCACGCCGAUGCCCACGUCUGCAUUUCUCCGCAUGCUUUAUGACGAAAACAUCAGCGAGGGGAAGAGGCUGCCUCAUCUGUUUGUGCUCACUCAAUAUCAGGUGCUCAGGAGAAGCAGGAGAAACUCUCUACUAUGUACUCGUACUAUGUACUUAUUUAUGCCGGAGAGACUCUUGCCAGUUGAGGAAGCUCUUGUGUGUAUGCGGUCAUUUGUCACCGUUGCUAGAGACAUCUCAUUCAUUUCCCACACGUCAUCUGCCGAGGCCUUCGAGUCCAGAGCCCUAUUGGGCUCUGCGAAGAGAUGGACUUUUUCAGCUACUUUGUCUAAUCCCCUCCUGUCUUUCUCGCUCUAUUACGCUCUGACUUUUAAAGAUGGUGGUGGAAAUGAAGAGAAAAUGUUCUUCCUGGGGAAAAAAAAAGCUUUUAUCUUUUAACAUGAGUUCUGUGGUGCCAGGUUGAUGCUGUGUCAUAUGAAAGUCUGUAUGUUUCAGUCUAUUUGACACUUUUGAAAUGGCCAAAAAUGGUUCUUUGGAGCGAUGCCAUAGAAGAACCACCUUUGUUUUACCAAAAGAGUGUUCAGUAGUAGUUUCAAUUGAAUUUUUCAAAAAUAAUUCAAAGGUUUUUACGGCAGUUUUUGUUAAAAUGUUCCUCAGGGACCCUCAGACGCUCCACGUUUUCGCUCCAACCCACAACACAUUGGAAUAGGGCAAAAAUGUGAACUGUGUUGGGGGACCAGCUUGAGAUCCUCUGCUUGAGGGAAACUAAAUGUGAUUCUUUUGCAUCAGCGUUCACCAAUCCUCCUCCUUUAGAUCUGCAUUCCCCUCCAAACCUGAUCUAGCUUGUUAAGCAUUUCUGAAGAAGAUAAUUAGCUUGAGCAGGUGUGGCAGGUUGUCUUUGCGGUUAGACUCAUAGGAAGACAGACCUCCAGGACCAGGAUUCGUGACCACUGUUCUAUGGCAUCGCUCCAACUAUCCUGUUUGGCAUGUUUGCUUUUAAGAGUGUCCAGUGUUUUUCUCUCUGUCUCUCUCUCUUAUUUUUUCUCUUUUUAUUCAGUGUCCUUCCCAUUCUAUUCGCCUUUAUUCUGAACAACAUUGUGUCUCCCAUCGUGUGUUUGUGAUGUGCAGAAACAGCCCUGAUUGACCUGUAUCUAAGCAAUACAAAGCCGGAUGAAAGCCAGGCGACUUUUCCGAAGUAAUAAUUUCCUCGCGGCGCUGUUUGCAAACCGCCCACACCAGUAUUGGCUGCUGUGUGGCACCAAGAGAUGUAAGACUCUGUUUCAGGUCAUAUGUCAUUACGGGGGGAAAAAAAGUAGUUUGUAGAUACAUGACGGCAUUUGGUAUAGGGUUUGUCGUUGAGCAGGUAGGGAGAAUGAGAAAUGUAGCGCAAGUCUUUAGUCUGCAACACUAAAGCAGUUCAACCUGCUGCUGUUGGCUUAAAUGGGUCUUCAGGGCCUUGUAGGGACACGGCCUUGUCUCAGAAAGCUCUUUGUACCCUCUGAAGGGCACUAAUGAGUGGGACUUGUGUUGAAGAGAGUGUACAGUUAUGUGAGAUCCGACUCUGGGAGGAAAGAAAAAAGCGAUACGUUUUUAUCUCAGCAGAGAUGUGAAGUGUUUGCCUUGUAUAUAAAUGUAGCAGACCUGCUAGAGGUCGCACCACAGUACCCAGUUAUUUAUGACGAAAUGCACUACAGCCUACACUCACACAUCGAUUCUAGUGAACACCCCACACUAUUGCGUCCACCUCGAGUCCUCUCUGUGAAGACCUUUUAGUUUCUGACCUUUUUUUUUUGCAUGAACGGAUGUAAAUGUUGUUUCUUCAUCGUGUAAAUGUUCAGUCAUGACCGUAUGGACUGACAGGUGACACUAGUGAACAAAAGUUUGCCGUUGUAGGAUUCAUUUAGUUGAUUUUUGACAUCGACUUACAAACUUUAUAAUUUUUCCUUUUUGUUUGUUGCUCUUUUUAUCGUUAAGAUUUGCUUCCAAUUUAAAUAGUGGUCCAUUUUUCGUACGUCAUCUGUUAUUGAACUGGGAAAGAAUGAAGGAGCCGCGGCGCCACCUAUACAACUGAAACCAUGACAGCAACCAAAGGAUGUCGCCCCCACUUGUAAGCAGAAUAAGGAGGUGAUUAAUGGGGGGGUUCGAGUUGCUUUACCUGCAUCCUCGCUUUUAGACCAGUUUUGCUUGCCAUUUAGCUGUCACUUCGUGUACAUAGCUGUAAAAUGUGAGAAACACAUAUUAUCGCGUUUUGUUUUUGUUUACUUUGUUUUUAUCGUGUUUUUUGUUACCUCAUUUUUGUCGACAGUAUCCAUGACACACCCGAACCAGAGAGGCCUGAGCAAUUAUUUAUGAAUGAAUAUGCUAAUCUGAAAAGGGGAGGGGCUCUCACACUACUUAAUUUUUUUUGUUGUUUUUUUUUUUGUAUUUGUUCUUUUACAGUCCAUUUUGCAUCACGAUUAUCAUCAACAUUAUGAUUAUGAUUAUCGUUGUUGUAUAUCUAAUUAUUAUUAUAUUGAGUUUGUGUCAGCUGUACAGUUCUGUGUUGAAAAAUUAUACCUGAUGCAGAGUCUUAUACUGUAAUGUGUCUCCUUUCAAUAAAGAAAAUAAUACUUCUUAAUAUAA